AUGAGAGGUAUCGUAUAUCACGGUAAUAAAGAUGUCAGAUUUAAUCCUGAUUGUCCUGAACCAGAAAUUAAACAUCCAACUCAAGUUAAAAUCAAAGUUGAUUAUUGUGGGAUUUGUGGAAGUGAUUUACAUGAAUAUUUAGAUGGACCAAUUUUCUUUAAAAAUGAAUAUAAUGUUACAAGUCAUAAUCAUUUUAAACAAAUUAUGGGUCAUGAAAUCUCUGGAGAAAUUGUUGAAUUAGGUUCAAAUGCCAAUAAAAAUUUAAAAGUUGGUGAUAAAGUCGUCAUUGAAGCUACGGGAACGUGUACUGAUAAACCAAUGUUAGAAUCAAAAGAUGUAACUCAAUGUGGUUCUUGUGCUCAAGGUUAUUAUAAUGCUUGUGAUAACAUUUCUUUCUAUGGUUUAGCGUUUGAUAAUGGAGGAUUUUCUGAAUAUUUAGUAGUGGGAGAUCAUCAUGUUAUUCAAUAUCCUAAAGAAUUGAUUAGACCUGAUAUUGCUGCUUUAUGUGAACCAUUAGCUGUUAGUUGGCAUGGAGUGAGAACUUCUCAAAUUAAACCUGGUGAAUCAGCUUUAAUCUUAGGUGCAGGUCCCAUUGGUCUUUCAACUAUCUUAGCUUUAAAAGGUAAUAAUAUUACUGAUAUAGUUAUUAGUGAACCAGCUUUAGCAAGACGUAAAUUAGCUCAAACUUUAGGAGCUAAAAUAUUCGAUCCAACUCCAUUUGGUGAUGAAGAUGAAGAACCUUUAACUAAAGAAUUAUUAAAAUUAAGUCCUGAUGGUUGGGGUUUCCAUCAUAUUUAUGAUUGUUCUGGUAUUCAACAAACUUUCGAUAUGUCAAUUAGUACAUUAAGAACGGGGGGGUUAGCUACUAAUUUAGCUAUUUGGCAUCAUAAACCAAUUCCAUUCUAUCCAAUGGAUUUAACUCUUCAUGAAAAAUUCAUUACUGGUUCAAUGUGUUAUACUAGAAUUGAUUUUGAACAAGUUAUUGAAGCUUAUAAAAAGAAAUUAAUUGAUCCAAAAGAAGUAGAAUUAUUAAUUACAGCUAAAAUCGCUAUUGAAGAUGGGUUUGAAAAAGGAUUUAUGGAAUUAAUUAAUCAUAAAGAAAAACAUAUCAAAAUUUUAGUAUCUCCAAAUCCUUAA